CCAUUUACUAAAAGGGAUGGUUAGAGUAAAGUAGCUUUAUAUUUUUUGUGUGGUCUGGGCUGUGAGAUGUCAGCAUCUUCCCCAUGCUUAGGAACGCAGGAUACUGCAGGAAAGGAGGAAUGAGAAGAGGAGAGAUCAAAGAGGUGGGCAAAUUGGUGCUUGAGAGAAUUAAGAGGAAGUUUAGGUCUACCAACUGGUGGUUAGGAGAUUGAACACCUUAACCAUCCUCAUCACCAACUCCCAAGAAGCCACAGCAAGGAACCUCCUUUGAAGACUUGCAGAUAAAGAGAUAGAGGAAGAUAGAAAGAGGGAGAAAGGAGGGAGAAGAGAUAGAAAGAUUCGUCAUUUAUCAUGGAUUAGGAAGAGGGAGAAAUACUCUCACGUGCAAGAUGCAAUUUUGAGCUCUGAUGAGAGAGAGAAAGACGGGACUUGCAAACUGGUUGUCAUUUUAAUAUAGUUGGAUAUGCUGAAGAAGGUGGUGAGGCAGUAUUAAAUAGAUAUAUUAUAAGGGGAGGAGAGGAAGGGGGGAGAGCUUUGUCUUUGGAAUUGAGGUCUCGGGAUCGGUUUGUCUCCGAAUUGGUAGGAUUCUCCUCGGCCGAUCGGCUGUGGGUUCAUGCUUUCUUGUCCCCCACGAGGCGCGCAGACAGCAGCGGCCGCCGCCCUUCCCUUCUUCCUUUCGCGCCCUCCCCCUCUCUAUCUCAGUUGAUCUUUAAUCAGCUCUUCCUCUUUACUGUAUUCAGAACUGUUGUGACAUAAUUCAUUCUUCACCAUGGGCUUGAACUUUUAGUGUCGGGUUCAUCCAGGUUCCCAUGACUAAGAUAACUGCCAUUUUUUCACACAAAAUAUUGCAAUGAUCCAUCAGACUUCUGUCUUUGAAGAUCUUGCCCUGUUUAAGAUCAAGGAAGAUAAAGAUGUCUACUUUCUAUUCAAUGUCUAAUGACCACAGUGGAAGCACUCCAAAUCUUGGCCUGAGGGAUCCAGGGCAUGCUCCAUAUUCUGAAUCACCAGGUCCUGGCAACAUGAUGUACCUGAGCUUCUUGAAUUCUGGUCAGUAUACAGAUGCAGUUGCUGGUGUUACUAAAACCCAGCAGAAUCACAUUGAACUUCCCGGUGCCACUUCUGACAUCUCACCAGGCUUGACUGUAGGGAAUUCUGACAUGAUCACUUCGCAUCUUGGCAGCCAUGGUUAUAAUGCUUGGAAGGAUGGAAGAAAUGAGAUGUUAUUUAUGCAGACAGUUGAUGGUACCAUGAAUGGUGCAGAUGAUCUACUUCAUACUGAUGACCCUCAGACGAGUAUGCGGACUCAGUUGGGCAUCAUAAAUGGACAAAACUUGUCUUUGCAGCAGUCAAAUGUUCCAAUCAUGCAAAAUCAAGGUUUAUCACUCAGCCUUAGCACACAUAUGCCGGUUCCUUCAAUUCAGUACCAACCAACUAGCUCGGGUAUCUCUUUCAUGGGUUGCCAUCAGUCAACUUCUGGAAAUAUUGGUCUGUUGAGGGAGGAACACUUUCAAAACAGAAGUUUUCAUGGCAAUGUCUCCCCUUACAGACAGUCUCAUAUUCCAAAUUCUAAAUAUCUCAGGAUAGCACAGGAAUUGCUUGAUGAAGUUGUUAACGUUGGGAGUGCUUUGAAGCAAAGAGCAGAUAAAAGCCAAAGUCACCCUUCUGCCGAUGGUGCUCUUACAUGUAAGGAUGGUAGUGGGGAAUCGAAGAGUGAAGGGAUGGCUUCAAACCCUCAAGAAGCCACCGUUAAUUAUUCUAAUGAGCUCUCACCUUCUGAAAGGCAGGACCUUCAGAACAAGGUCUCAAAGCUAUUAGGGAUGUUGGAUGAGGUUGAUAGAAGGUACAAACAGUAUUACCAUCAAAUGCAGAUAAUAGUGUCAUGUUUUGAUGCGAUAGCUGGUUGUGGGGCUGCAAAGCCAUACACUGCGCUUGCCCUUCAAACCAUUUCUCGGCAUUUUCGCUGCUUGAGAGAUGCAAUCAGUGGCCAAAUUCAAGCUAUAAGGAAGAAUCUUGGAGAGCCAGACAACACAAGUGGCAAGGGUGGUGGGUUAUCUCGCCUUCGGUACAUAGAUCAGCAAUUAAGGCAACAGAGAGCCAUGCAGCAAUUUGGUAUGAUGCAACAGCAUACCUGGAGGCCACAGAGGGGCUUGCCUGAGUCAUCUGUCUUGAUUCUUCGUGCUUGGCUGUUUGAGCACUUCCUUAAUCCCUACCCAAAGGAUUCCGAAAAGCUAAUGCUUGCAAGACAGACAGGCUUGUCAAGAAGUCAGGUAUCAAACUGGUUCAUAAACGCACGAGUUCGUCUUUGGAAGCCUAUGAUCGAAGACAUGUACAAAGAAGAGUUUGGUGAUACCGAGAUUGACUCGAACUCUUCCUCAGAAAAUCCACCAAGACUUAAGGAAGACAUUCAGUCCUCUGAGGACCAUGACGACAUGCAAAACCCUGCAACCGGAAGAUGCCAAACAAGCCAGAUAAGCAACUCCUCAAGACCUAAUGUCAUCCCAGCUAUGGAUGUGGCCGAAUCAGUUGCUGCUUUCCAGAACGAAGAGACUGCGCAAGAUUCAUAUAUGAAUCUGAAAAUUAGUGACCAAAGACCAGUCGGAGUAGAUUCCAGCUUCUUACAAGAUGCUCUUGCCCACCAAGACGGGAGUGGGAGGUUUUUGGCUUAUCAGAUGGCUGAGUUGGGUCGCUACGGAAACAGCGGAGUGUCUCUCACACUGGGGCUGCAACAGUGUGAUGUCGGCCAUCCUGCAUCAGACGAUCAGCAGAGAUUUCUCGCAGCGAGAGCGAAUGAUGUUUAUGGCACAGCUGCUCCAGUUGGGCCUGAUACGGCCGAUUAUGAUUAUGCAAACAUGGGAGAUCGGCGACACCGACUCGGGUCAACACAUUUGCUGCAUGAUUUUGUUGCUUAGAUUUAUUUACUUCGGUUGUGAUUGCUAUAUCUGAAUCUCUGAACCAGAAUAAUUUGUUCUGAGAUGCCCUUUAAGCAUUGCUUGCAAUUAUACAGAAGAAGUGGUUUUAGCAUGGUAUACAAUGUAUAACAUAAAGAGGUGGCUAUUUGGUGGAAUUAUAGGGUAGCAUGUUGUAAAGAUAGAAGCAUAUUUUUGUGUAAUCUCAGAACAUGUAAUGUUACUACCAAUUAAGUUUAAUCUAUAUUGUAUACUAUUUGCAUGACUUU